AUGGAAAAACUCAAAGAGGAGCUCUGGAAAACUCUGCAGGAUUUGAAAGAAGAUGAGUUCAAUGAUUUCAAGUGGUUCCUGAACCCUGAAGGCAUCCCAAAGGCUGAUCUGGAGAAUGCAGCAAGGCGGGACACAGUGGAUCUGAUGGUACAGAAACAUCAGGAUCAUGGAGCUCUGCAGCUAACCAAAAAGCUUUUAGAAAAGAUCGGCAGGAAUGAUCUGGUACAGAGUUUACAAAACUUCCAACCAGAACCAAAAGCAGAUAGUGGUCAGCAGGAGGAUUCAGAUCCACAUAAGAUCACUCUGAUAAGGAAAUCUCAGAAAGUGAAUGAAGGAACUGAAGAAGCAGGAAAUGAAACCCUCCUCAAUGAUAACUACACUGAGGUCUUCAUCACAGAAAGAAAGAGUGAAGAGGUUAAUGCUCAACAUGAACUGAAACAGCUUGAGAUAGCUUCCAAGACAAAGUCCCUCUAUGACACUCCAAUCAAGUGUGACAACAUCUUUAAACCCUUACCCAACCAACAAAAACACAUCAGAACUGUUCUGACGAGUGGCGUCGCUGGCGUUGGAAAAUCCUUCUCAGUGCAGAAGUUCACUCUGGACUGGGCACAUGGCUCCAGAAACCAAGAUAUCAGUCUGCUGAUUCCUAUUCCAUUCAGAGAGCUGAACAUGAUCAAAGAUGAGCCGCACAGUCUGCUCACACUGAUCCGUGCUUUCUAUCCAACAUUAGACGUCACAGCAGAGAUGCUCAAAUCUAAAGGCUGUAAAGUUUCAUUCAUCUUUGACGGCCUGGAUGAAAGCAGACUGUCACUGGAUUUCAACAACAGGAAGGAGGUCAUGUCUGAUGUCACACAGACGUCAUCAGUCAGCGUGCUGCUGAGAAACCUCAUCGAGGGGAAUCUGCUUCCCUUGGCUCUCGUCUGGAUAACUUCCCGACCUUCAGCAGCAAAUCAGAUUCCUCGUAAAUGUUUUGACAGGAUAACAGAAGUACAUGGCUUCACUGACCCCCAGAAGGAGGAGUACUUCAAGAAGAGAUUCAGUGAUGAAGAGCAAUCCAGCAGAAUCAUCUCACACAUCAAGACAUCCAGGACUCUCCACACCAUGUGUACCAUCCCAGUCUUCUGCUGGAUCACUGCAAGAGUUUUGAAGCUCAUGUUGACUCCAGACCAGAGAGGAGAGCUACCCAAGACCAUGACUGACCUGUACUCACAUUUCCUUCAGGUUCAGACAAAGAGGAAGAAGAACAAGUAUGAUGAGGGACAUGAGACGGGUUCACAGGACCUGACGAAGGCUGAUGGGAAACUUUUUCUGAAGCUAGGGAGGCUGGCAUUUGAACAUCUGGAGAAAGGAAACAUCCUGUUCUACCAAAAAGACCUAGAGCAGUGUGGUCUUGAUGUCAAAGGGGCCGCUGUGUUGUCAGGAUUUUUUACAGAGAUCUUCAAAACAGAGAGUGUGAUGUUCAAGAAAAAUGUCUACAGCUUUGUUCAUCUGAGUGUUCAGGAGUUUCUGGCUGCAGUCUACAUGUACCACUGUUACACAAACAGGAAGACAAAGGUACUUAAGUCCUUCCUGGGAAAAUACUACACUACGUCAUCACUGGAUGACUUAUUGAAGAGUGCCAUGGAGAAAUCUCUCAGAAGUGAAAAUGGCCACCUCGACCUGUUUGUUCGCUUCCUUCAUGGCCUCUCUCUGAAGUCCAACCAGAGUGUCUUAGGAGACCUGCUGGGGUGGAAAGAGAACAGUCCAGAAACCAUCCAGAGAGUCAUCAACAACCUGAAGGAGAUGAACAUGUACAAUAUCUCUCCUGACAGAAGCAUCAACAUCAUCCACUGUCUGAUGGAGAUGAACGACCGCUCAGUACAUCAGGAGAUCCAAGAGUUCCUGAAGUCAGAGAACAGAUCAAAGAAGAAACUCUCUGAGAUUCAGUGCUCAGCUCUGGCCUACAUGCUGCAGAUGUCAGAGGAGGUUCUGGAUGAAUUGGACCUGAAGAAGUACAACACAUCACAGGCAGGACGACAGAGACUGAUCCCAGCUGUGAGGAACUGCAGAAAGGCUGAACUUUCUUGGUGUUGGCUCUCAGAGACUCACUGUGAAGUUGUGGCCUCAGCUCUGAAGUCUAACCCUCAUCUGAGACAUCUGGACAUGAGUGGAAGCGAUCUGUCUGAUUCCGCAGUGAAGCUUCUGUCUGCUGGACUGGAGAGUCCAAACUGUAAACUGGAGACACUGAGGUUGCAGCGCUGCAGGUUGUCAGAGAUCAGCUGUGCUUCUCUGGUCUCAGCUCUGAAGGACAACCCCUCCCAUCUGACAGAGCUGGAUCUGAGUCUCAACGAACUUCAGGACUCAGGAGUAAAGUUGUUGUGUGAUUUUCUGAAGAGUUCAGACUGCAGACUGAAGACUCUGAGAUUGAGGCUCUGCAGUUUGUCAGAGAUCAGCUGUGCUUCUCUGGCCUCAGCUCUGAAGGACAACCCCUCCCAUUUGAGAGAGCUGGAUCUGAGUCAAAACAAGCUUCAGGUUUCAGGACUGAAGCAGCUGUGUGAUUUUCUGAAGAGUCCAGACUGUGGACUGAAGACUCUGGGACUUCGUGACUGUGGACUCUCAGAGACUCACUGUGAAGUUUUGGCCUCAGCUCUGAAGUCCAACCCUCAUCUGACAGAUCUGGACCUGAGUAACAACAAACUGUCUGAUUUAGGGAUGAAGCUUCUGUCUGCUGGACUGGAGAGUCCGAACUGUAGACUGAAGACUCUGAGAUUGAGUUUCUGCAGGUUGUCAGAGACCAGCUGUGCUUCUCUGGCCUCAGCUCUGAAGCACAAUCCCUCCCAUCUGACAGAGCUGGAUCUGGGUGGAAAUGAGCUUCAGGACUCAGGACUGGUGCUGCUAUGUGAUUUUCUGAAGAGUCCAGACUGUAGAUUGAAGACCCUGGGACUGAGGAGCUGCAAGUUGUCAGAGAUCAGUUGUGCUUCUCUGGUCUCAGCUCUGAAGGACAACCCCUACCAUCUGACGAAGCUGGAUCUGACUGAAAACAAGCUGCGGGACUCAGGACUGGAGCUUCUGUGUGAAUUUCUGAAGAGUCCAGAUUGCAGACUGGAGACUCUGGGAUUGGAGCACUGCAGGCUGUCAGAGAUCAGCUGUGCUUCUCUGGUCUCAGCUCUGAAGGACAACCCCUCCCAUCUGAGAGAGCUGGUGCUGGAUGGAAACUACCCGGAGAAUUCAGACGUGAAACUACUGUCUGAUUUUAAGGAGAGUCCAGACUGUUUCCACCCAAGAGCUUCCCUCAGUGUCCAACGUUACCAGCUGAUCAUUCGUGAACUCCUCAUGGGAGCCAAAUCAUCAAAAUUUAAAGAGGAGCUCUUUAAUAUUCUUGAAGACUUAAAAGAAGAUGACUUCAAAAAUUUCAAAUGGUUCCUGGAGCAGGAUGGCAUCCUGGAGGGCUGUAAAGGCAUCUCCGUGGCUAAACUGGAGAAAGCAGCAAGGCGGGACACAGUGGAUCUGAUGGUACAGAAACAUCAGGGUCAUGGAGCUCUGCAGCUAACCAAGGCAGUUUUAGAAAAGAUUGGCAGGAAUGAUCUGGUGCAGAGUUUACAAAACUUCCAACCAGAACUAAAAGAGAGUAGAUGGAAGAUAGUUUUGGGUAAAUAUGACUUCAUUCUGAAGAGGAAAUUUCAAAAAACGACUGACGGAACUGAUGAAGCAGGAAAUGAAACCCUCCUCAAAAAGAUUUACACUGAGGUCUACAUCACAGAGGGAAAGAGUAGAGAGGAUAACGCCCAGCAUGAAGUGUGGCAGCUUGAAACAGUUUCCAAGACAAAGAUCCUCCAUGAUACUCCGAUCGAGUGCCACAACAUCUUUAAAGUCUUACCUGGUCAAGAGGAACACAUCAUCAAUGUUGUUCUGAUGAGUGGCGUCGCUGGUGUUGGAAAAUCCUUCUCAGUGCAGAAGUUCACUCUGGACUGGGCAGAGGGCUCCGAAAACCAAGAUAUCAGUCUGCUGGUUCCGCUUUCAUUCAAGGAACUGAACGUGGUCAAAGAUGAGCAGCACAGUCUGCUCACACUGAUCCGUCGUUUCUAUCCAGCAUUACAGAAGGUCACAGCAGAGAUCCUUGACUCUGAAGACUUUAAAGGAAUCUGCUUCCCUUGGCUCUCAUCUGGAUCACUUCCCGACCUGCAGCAGCCAACCAGAUCCUGGAUCAGAAAUGUGUUGACAGGAUAA